AUCUUAACUCAGAAGCUCUGUGAUGUUAAUGCUAAUAAUAAUAAUAUAAUAACCAGCAACCUCUGAACUAGUGUUACUAUGGAGACUCUCAGGAGGACGUCCUGUCUCUGUCUGUUCCUCUGCUUACUACAGCCUCCUCUACAAGGUAAGGACUCACUGGACUGAACUAGUGUUACUAUGGAGACUCUCAGGAGGACGUCCUGUCUCUGUCUGUUCCUCUGCUUACUACAGCCUCCUCUACAAGGUAAGGACUCACUGGACUGAACUAGUGUUACUAUGGAGACUCUCAGGAGGACGUCCUGUCUCUGUUCCUCUGCUUACUACAGCCUCCUCUACAAGGUAAGGACUCACUGGACUGAACUAGUGUUACUAUGGAGACUCUCAGGAGGACGUCCUGUCUCUGUCUGUUCCUCUGCUUACUACAGCCUCCUCUACAAGGUAAGGACUCACUGGACUGAACUAGUGUUACUAUGGAGACUCUCAGGAGGACGUCCUGUCUCUGUCUGUUCCUCUGCUUACUACAGCCUCCUCUACAAGGUAAGGACUCACUGGACUGAACUAGUGUUACUAUGGAGACUCUCAGGAGGACGUCCUGUUGAUGUACUUUAUCAUUUGUCUAUCUUCUUCUUAAUGUGUCUACAGUAUCUAUUGGUACACGUUUACUGUUAUAUUCUAUGUAUAAAGGUUUCUAACUUCAUCUUGUCUUAUUAAACAAGGCUUUUAUAAAGGGUGUGAUGUCUGUUCCCUCAGGUCUGGAGAUCGCGGACCCAGAGGAGGUAGAGUAUGUCCGUCAGCAGGCCAGAGGGGUGGUCGGGGGCUCUGUGACUCUAGAAUGUGGUUCCACCAUGCCUGAUAUCCUCAUCUGGGGAUUCACUAGGCCUGGGUCCCAGUCUAACCUAGCUGUGGCUUAUAACUAUGGACAUGGCCCCAUGCUCCAGCCUCUACUCUCCAGCAGCCUGGGACAUCUGAGGUUGGUUCCCAACACGUCUUCUCUGCUGUUGGACGAGCUGCACCAGGAGGCCCAAGGGAUGUACACCUGUCAGGCCAUCUACAACACUGACCAGGGAGCUACAAUCACCUUCUACUACACACACCUAGAGGUGGUGGAGGAGGACUGA